AUGUUUCCUGCAGAUAACAAUGCUUUUUAUGAUGACUAUUAUACGCAAUACAACAAUAACAUGAAUCCAACCACAUCGUUCAAUUCGCAGCCGCGUUUAUCACUGGACAGUGGUCUUGGCCUAACCAAUGAUUCAUUCUGUUCCACUGACCUGAAUGAAACCCAUUUGAUGGAUAUAACUGCUGCAACAGCGUCCGAUGUUUCUACAAGUUUCCAGUCAUCAGGCCCUCUUGAGCAUUCUCCUCCAACGAAAUGGGCGAGAAUAAGGACGCCUCCGAAUCGGAAAAGAACUUCGAGAGACCCUGUCUUCAACUUCUUCUCCCCUCCUUCGCAGAAGAAAAUUCGAACAAUGUUUUCAUCGCCCACAAAGUUAAUAAAGACUCCUGAGUCUCUUCGAAAGUCAAUUCGCAUCUCGAGUCCCUCCCCAUUCAAAGUUACAUUUAGUAAAACUCCACUGAAGUUGUCAAACAACGAGAAUGUUACUGGAAUUCAUAUUGGACGAUCAGGAACAUACUACAACAAGAGAGUAACAGGCAGUGCUUCAAAAAGGUGUUUAUUGCCUUCGAAACCUGAUGGAUUCACAUUACUUGGUUCACCCAACUCUGACGUUCGUUUUCAAUAUCUUCAAUUACUGCACACUGAACACUGUAUUUUUCAGGUACUAGACAUUCCGAUGGAAGACAAAUUCGAUGAAUUUGGAGAUUUUCCAUCUACAACUCCUUCGAAAAUCAACACUGACCUUUUCGAAGUUAGUAACGAUUCGAUGGAUUAUCACCAGUAUGCUGGUAUGAUAGAAACUGGAAGUUUCUUGAAUAAAUACACGCACUCAUCGGGUCCACUCCUAGCGACUCACUUUCGGAGUACAAAUCCAAUCGUCCGAAGUGCAUCACGAAACUUGUUGAAAAGUAACUCAGAUACUUUUCAAGUUGAACCGAAGACUUCACAAACGUUGCCGUCGAUCAAAGCUGAGCUUGAAGAAAUCCCAUCAUUCAGUUCAGUCAAAACAAAGAAAGCCCGGGUCAAACCGAAGCAAAAGUCAGUCAAACGAGAUCAACUUCGACAGACGAAGGAGAAGGAGAUGAAGGAUUGGAAGUUGGUUCCGUUUGAAACUCCCAAAAAAGAAGCUUCAUUGUACUCCGGUCGUUGGCUCGUCAUCUCCACUGGCCGUACUCUUGCACAAAAAGAGCUUUUCUCGGAUGCCAAAGACUUUUUUAAAACCCAUCCUCCAUCAACACCUGAACCGAUGCCACUGAUGCCGAACAGGCGGACUCCAGCCAUUGCACGAGUAACCCUCUUCAAGAAUCGUUACCGGUCUUUCAAUAUUUAA